AUGUGCUCCACUCUCAAGGAGGCAUAUAAUCGGGCAUCGGAUCAGUACCAAGUGUACCUGGAUCAACAGGAAGUUUACGGCAGGAACAAGAGAAAAACUGAUGAUAAACAGAGGAGAUUCAAGGUGGAUGAUCGGAAGUCUAACCAAGGGAAAUUUCAACCAAAGCAAGGAGAGAAGAGAGGAGGAACAGACCAAGGAAAACAGUCUACUUGCAGCAGAUGUGGAAAGAGCCAUCCUGGAGAAAAUUGUCAAGGGGUGAGAAUAAGAUGUUACAAGUGUGGCCUUUUAGGACACAAAUUCUAUGAGUGCCAAACCAGGGUAGAAAACCUCCGGAACUCCUCGCAGAAUACCAGGCAAGGAGGAGGAUUCAGUGGGAGCAACGGCCGGAAACCUGCGGAAUCCGGAAACAAGGGGGUUAAUUCUCCACAAGUGAACCGGGGGAGGCCAACGAACGCUGCCACAGGUCCGAACGACAAAGGGAAGUCGCCGAUGGGAGAAAGCAGCACAGGGAACCAAGGCCGAAUCCACGUCGUCAAUAGCACUCAGGCUCAGGCUGGCGACGUCGUAACCGGUACAUUUCUUAUAAACUCAAUGCUUGGUUCAAUAUUAUUGGAUAUGAGAGCUACCAAUUCCUUUAUAUCAUCUACGUUUGCGGAUAGAUUGAAAUUAUGGCCUACUAGCAAGUUAGACUUAAAUGUGAGAACUGCCUCGGGGAUUGUGGUAGCCUGUAAGGAUGGAUAUGACAACAUUUCGAUAGAAAUUGCGGGAUUCAAUUGUCCCGGAAAUCUUAUUCGUUUUGAGCUAGAGGGCAUCGAUGUGGUACUCGGGAUGGACUGGUUGGAUAUGUAUAAGGCUCAAAUUGUUUGUAAUGAGCGAAAGGUUGUCCUGCGAGGACCGAAUGGGAAGAGAAUAUCCGACCGAGGGAUUGAGAGGCAACCCGAGCCCAAGUCGAUAACAAUGCAGAAGUUGAGGAAGUACGCGCACCAGGGGUGUGAAGUGUACCUCUGCUUGGUGCAGGAUGCUGAGAUGGAAGAACUUGAGAUCAAUCAAAUCCCAGUAGUGCGUGAAUUUCCCGACGUGUUUCCAGAGGAUCUCACGGAAAUGCCGCCGGAGAGGGAAGUGGAAUUCACUAUUGAUCUCGCACCAGGAACCGCGCCAAUCUCAAAAGCGCCUUAUCGAAUGGCACCAAAAGAGAUGGAAGAAUUGAAGGCUCAAUUGACAGAGUUAUUGGAAAAGGGAUUCAUCAGACCAAAUAAGUUCAUCGUUGUCUUUAUAGACGAUAUCUUGGUUUACUCAAAGACACCAGAGUAG